UAUUUAUACUCCAUCUCCGCCGUUACUCAUUGCGAAGUCUUGUUUUGCUCAGCAUACAAUUCCAAGCGUUUUCUCUAUUCCUGACCUGAUUCUGUGUUUUGACCCUGGACUGUUUCCCCGUUUAUGUGAUCGUUGAUGCCGCCUGCCUUCUGUGACCCUCUGCUCAGUUUUAUGGAACAUUCUCUCUGUUGUAUGCCGCCUGUCUCGACUGAUCGCCUGCCCACGGACUUUGAGUUAAGUUUCUCCUUUGCCAUUCUCGUUUGUUGUUAUCUGACCCUGCCUGUACGAUCAUCCUACUGUGAUUUAAUAAAGCUGCAAAUGGAUCCCCAAUCUGCCGACGCAUCAUUACACCGUAACAUUACUGUAUAGUUAAUGGGUCUAUUUUGCUAUAAACCUACUGCAGAAGCCCCUACUUUGUCUAUAGCUUUGGCUAAAGCUAAGGCAGAAAUUGAAACCUGGAGGGUGAAAUGUCAGCACCUGGAAGACAAAAUAAAUGACUUGACAAAAGAGAGAGACUACCUGAGAGAACAGCUUUCAGAUGCCAUCAAGAUGGAAAACAUACAUGUCAAAAAUAAAGAGAAGCCUGCAGACAUGCCCAAAAGAACAAAACAUUCUUUGGAAGAUUCAGAAAGUGCAUCCGCUGACUCCUCUGAGUCUUCUGACUCAGAGUCAUCAAGCUCGGAUUCAUCAAGAGAGAGGAAGAAGAAGAAGGUGAAGAAAGGGAAGAAAAGAGUUAAAAAAAUUAAAAAAUCCAAGCAUGAAAGCAAAUUCUUUCCAAGAGUUACUGAACCAUGGCAGGUGGUGAAGCGCAACAAAGCAGUGCUGGAGAUUUUCGACAGAGGAAGCAACAUGACAUUUGCAUUCAGAAAGUAUGGUGUGGACCGAAACACAAUCGUGCAGACUGCAGUUAUUGCUGAACUGGCCAUUGCAGCUCCAGAAAAAUAUUCCGAAAUUCAAAACAAUCGGGGAGAGAAAUUAUCAAGCAUUACCCAAAAAUGUCAAGAUGCUAUUAUGGCAGAUGAAAGCAUUGCACAUAAAAUACAAGCCAUGAAAAAAGAGGGCAAAUUGCUUCCAAUAAGAAAAUAAUUAGUUGUUGUUGAGAAAAAAAAAUGUGGUUCCAGAUUUAAUCGCAAAAUUUUAGUUGCACAAGUGGUGUUGCACAAGUUUGUUUUUGCACAUUUAUUUAUUUAUUUUUUGUAUUACUAUUAUGUUACU